AUCCUCGGAAGUGAAAAGUUUAAUGGAGGUUAUGAACUCCUGUGACGUGAUCGGGCAGUCAGUGGCGCUGCGUUUCCCCAUGAGAUGAAGGUCUGGGGCUAGGAUGUCUGAGAGUUCUGGUGUUUGGUCCUCACUGCAGCGGCCACCUCUCAACCCCCUUGAUCCACUUGGAGCUGGCCACCACAGCAACAACAUGAAAGUAUCAGAUCCUUCACCACCAGUGCGACAAACCACCAGCCCACCUCAGCCUCUCUGUAAGCGACACAGCCCUGAGAAUACCUCUGGAAUAGUGGAAAAUGAAAAUGCACCUCUUGCCCUCCAUCACAAGCGACAGCGUACGAAGAGUGGUUCAGAGACUAUGGAGUCUUUAAUUCCUUGUCAGGACAGUGCUCUACCUCCUACAGAGUGUUGUAGUAAAGUUGAUGCAACACCACUGUGUGAAAGAAAUGUUAGAACUUCCAGAUUAGAUGCAGGAACAGAUAUUGUUAAUAUUAAUGCAAAUAGUAUCACAAACAGUAAUAUUGGUGCAUCAAGUGCCGAUGCAACAUGUUCUUGUUCCACAUGUGACAGUAGUAGUGAUAGUGUAAAAAAUAUAAAUACUGUGGAAGUUGUUAGAAGUGAAACUAUUAGAGAAUGUAGAAACCUCAGUCAUAUUAGUGAUAAUAUGGAGUCUGACCCAAGUCUAUUAGUAGGGGAAUAUUUAAAUUCUAGACCUUUACAUAAUGAAACAACUAGUGGAAACCUCUCCCCGCAUUGUGCUGCAACCUUAGAAUAUGUAACCCAGUUGCCUGAAGGUUGUGGUGGCUCCAGUAGCUCCUCAGUGCUGGAGCCACCUGGCUUGAAUAGGCCAAGUGCUGCUGAUGAGGAGCUGGAGGAUGAUGACAACUACUUGGAUUCAUCAGAAGGUGAAGAAGAAGAUGAUCUUCUGAUAACAAAUAAUGAAGAUGAAGAAAGUUGUGGAGAAGAUGACCAAAGUGUGAUAAGUUCUGUAACGGUAGGGUCUACAUGUUCCUUGAGGUCUGUGGCCAGUGAGGCUCUAAAUACAAUAUGCAUCAAUGAACAUGGAGUUGCAGCUAAUGAAGAUGGUUCUCUUCUUUACACUGAAUCUCCAGCAGAGUCUCCCCUCCCGUCCUUCACACCCAGUUUGUUCUCAUAUGUGCCACCUGCUAUAAAUUUCUGCCAGUAUAAUGAAAAAACGGUUGAAAUGCCAUUAGCAAUCUCCCGAUUGUUAAAGUGGAGGUUCACGAACAUCACCCCGCUAAUUGUUAGGAAAACUGUAGCAAAUUCAGGAUUCAAGAUUACUAAAAAAACUAUGCAGUGGUCAGGAACUUGGGGAAAACACAUGAAGUCUCCCUGUUUCAAGGCAGUGCGUGAAUUUCAGAAACUUAAUCAUUUCCCGGGUACUUUCCAAAUUGGCAGGAAGGAUAAAUUAUGGAAGAACUUUGUGCGUCUUCAGGCAAAGUUUGGAAAGGAAGAGUUUGGUUUUAUUCCAAAGACAUUUGUACUACCAGGUGAUUUAAAAGCCUUAAAAGCAGCAUUUGAUAAGGAAGGUGUAAAAAAGAAGUGGAUUGUUAAACCUCCAGCUUCAGCAAGAGGCACAGGAAUACAGGUUGUUCAUAAAUGGUCACAAGUGCCUACUGACUCCCCUGUUGUAGUUCAGCGAUACAUCAGCCGCCCUUACCUCAUUAAUGAUACCAAGUUCGACAUGCGCAUUUAUGUUCUUGUCACAUCCUUCCAUCCUCUUCGUAUUUUCCUUUACCAGGAUGGGCUUGUUAGAUUUGCAUCUGUUCAGUACAACAGUGCAUCAGCAAGCCUGAGUGACAGGUACAUGCACCUUACCAACUAUAGUGUGAACAAGUCAUCAUCAUCAUACACACACAACACGGACGCUGGGCAGUGUCAGGGACACAAGUGGACGUUGAAGUCUUUGUGGGGUUACUUGAAGGUAGGCUUAUAUGUAUCUAGUGUGUACUUUAACUUUGUAUGUGUUCCAAGCUCCUAA